CUUGCAGAAUUCGUAUUCCUCUUGUCAGAAAAGUGGCACUUGGACCAGUCAACGAAAUACCAGGCGGUGGAGUUGGUCGAAAGGUUUAUGAUCAAGCACGUAGAACAAAUCUGUAAGUCCUCCAGAGAGAGUGAUAAAAGCUGUGAACGAGGACAGGGGAGCAGCUGGAGCUCUCUGAAGGAUCAGAUAUGUGACACGUUUGUCCUGCGACUGGUGUCGUGCGUUCAGCUCGCCAGCAAACUUUCCUUGCACUAUGAUAUAGUUAACAGCGACACAGCUUUAAAAUUUCUGCAGUCCUUAAGGCUCUCCUACACUAAACAGGAAUUGCUCGAGUCAGAGCUUGCUGUUUUAAAAACUCUGCACUUCCAGGUCAAUGUGCCAACGCCUUUGGCUUAUGUGGAGUUGCUUCUGGAGGUCUUGGGGCACAACGGCUGCCUGCUUCCUGCAAAGCCCUUACAUCAGACGUGUGUGCAACUGCUAGACUUCACCUAUCUCACCAGAGAUACCAUCUACAGCACUUUGUUGGAGAUGGCCAUCGAGAAUUCCACACUGAGCAGACUGCAGCUAGCAAAGUUUUUGGCAGUGAAGGAAGAUUUCAUGCUCUUGGGUGUUGGAAUCAUCAGCACAAGCGUGUUCAUACAGGAGCCUGAGUUCUGGCCGCAGGUUGUGGAGCAUUUAAACUGGAUCACUGGCAUUGCUUCACAAAGCAUCUUAGACUUCUCUUACGCAGUGCUGAGACACAUCGUGGGCAGCCGCACUCCGCAGCAGCACUGUUAG